GAAGUUCAAUCCAGAGUUUCGGCAGAUCGUGUCCAGCUCGCGAAUGGUGAUCAACUUUAUGCUGGCUGGCAAGUUGCUACAGGAUCAGAAGCUUCUGGACAUUGGCCGACAUGGCCUUGAGUAUAUAGAGAAGGUUCACUACAUUCCGGCGAAGCAGAGCUACGCUUUCACGGUGCGAAACCAUAAGCCGGAGGACAUGGUGGAGCAGGCAUAUGGCUAUGCGUUCAUCCUCGCAGCCCAUGCUGCAGCGCGUGCGGCAGGGGUGGCCAAGGACAACAAGGAGGUGGGCCGAGUGUUCGACCUGCUGGAGCGUAAGUUCUGGCUGCCUGACAAGGGCGCCUACCUGGAUACCAUCAGCGCAGAAGGCGUGGUCGACAACAGCUACCGGGGCCAGAACUCGAACAUGCACAUGUGCGAGGCCCUCAUUGCUGCAUACGAGGCCACCAAGGAGACGCGCUACUUAGAUCGAGCAGAGGUUCUUGCGGAGACCUUUGCGGCGAAGCUGGCUGCGAAAGGCGGCGGCUUCGUCUGGGAGCACUACGAUGUGAACUUUGAGAUUGACUGGGAGUACAACAAGAACGAUCCCACCAACAUCUACAGACCUUGGGGCUUCCAGCCUGGGCAUCAGAUUGAGUGGGCGAAGAACCUCCUGAACAUCCACCGUCACAGACCCAAGUACUGGAUGGUCAACAGAGCCAAGGAGCUGUUUGACGGAGCUUGGGAUUUGUCGUGGGACGAAGACCAUGGUGGGCUGGUCUAUGGCUUUGGACCGGACAGGAAGUGGUGUGACAGUGAGAAGUACUUCUGGGUGCAAGGUGAGUCUAUUGCUGCUGCUUCCUUGCUCUGGGAGGCCACGAAGGACCCGAAGUACGUCGAGAAGUAUGUCUUGCUCUGGCAGUAUUGCUGGAAGCACUGGGUGGACCAUGAGCACGGCGGUUGGCUGUGCUUCAAGAUGUCCCGAAGCAACGAGCGGACAAACGACGAGAAGGCGAUCGCAGGUGGAAAGUGUGACUACCACACGCUGGUCUCUUGUAUCGAAGCCUUGCGCUCCUUCCAGUGA